UGUCACAUGUAAGCAAAUUUUUGUCAUCAGUACACAUCGGUAUGCUUUACUAUUCUGGUCAUACAUGUGUGGAUAAAGUCUGUAAUCUGCUUUACAUCAGAGCCGUCUUGUAAGCCCGCCCCUCCUACUGAUUGGCUGUCCGGGUUGUCUCUGCCGUGUCACUGGCUGAAGUUGAUGUUCAUCACAGUGGUUUUGUCUGGUGACAAAAAGGCAUCCACCCGCACUCUUGCCUCUGUCAGCACUGCUGCAGUGUUGUUAAGUUGUGUUAUUUAGUAACAGUGUAACCAGGACUCUUGCUCUUUGGUCGCAAUGAAGCGUAACUGCAGGUGAAGGGAGGAUCAGAUUGCGGCUGCCAGUCACACCUGAUGUGCCAUAAUACCAGAGUCAUACACACAGCUGGAUCACAAGAACAGUUGUGUGAAAAAUAAGUAGAGUCAAACAUGGGAACAAACAGCCAGAGCGCCACCAUGGAAACUGAGGAUGAUGCCCAAGCUCCUGCGGCGUGCAUCGUUUCUGUGAAAGGCUUGAAGGAAAACUGGCAGAAGUGGUCCAGCGAACACCAGGAGUACCAGAAGCACAAUCCCUUCAGUCACAACACCAGACCGAGCAUGGUGGUCCCUCCGAGGGGUGGGGAUGAGUAUGGGAAACCCCUGCAGGGUUCCCUGACAGAGCAACGUGGGAAGGACGCUCACACACACAUCAGCAGAGAGGUUCAGGAGCUGUGUGAGGUCAUAAGGAGCAUUGGGGAGUCGGGGGGCAGCGAUGGGAAAGUGAUUACUGUAAGAUUUGGAAAGCUGUUUGAGCAUUAUGUGACUAUCUCGAAUAAACUGGUUGGGAUUCUUCUGCGAGCGAGGAAACAGAGACUGGUUGACUUCGAGGGGGAGAUGCUGUGGCAGGGGAAGGAUGAUCACGUAGUUAUCACUUUGUUGCAGUGACCAGAAAUGUUGAUUAGAUGCCUUGAUUCAUUGUGCGUGCAGUACACGCAGGUACACGGGCACUUAAUGUGGCAGCUUUAGUAGACAAAGAACACGGGGAAACCACUAAAUGUCAGUCAAAAUGAGAAAAGGUAAAUGUUCAAACUUGAGCAUUUUUUUCCCUCCAGCAGCUUGUUGACGAGGUGAAAGUGGAGCAGUGAGCAGCUGAGAUGACAUCAGAUUCGCUAAUGAGACUGAACCGAAGCCAAAGAGAACAUGAGGCUGCCUGUGACAGACAUAAUGGUGCUAUAGGAUGAACUUGACCCGACUUGGCCUGACUGCUUCAACGUGUAUUUAUUUUAAGUGUGCUUUGCAAUGACACAAUAUUACUACAGUUCCAAAUUUUAAAACUAAUAGUGCAGCUUUAAAGCAAUAAGAACCACAUCAUAAGGAACUAUAGAUUGAGUACCAGCUCUUAUUGAAAGUAAAGUAAUAAUAUAUAUAUAUAUAUAUAUAUAUAUAU